CGACCACAUAAACCUCUCAAAAACGAUAAACCCUUGAACUCGGUGGUUAACUCAGCUAAAAAUGGCAGCUUCCCUUUUAUCUUCUCUAUCUUUGGGCAACAACAGGAUAGCUCAAGAAUGUGUUUCCUUACAUCCAAGCUACCGGAAAGGCGUGAAAUGCUUCUCAUUGUUUAUCCAAAAGAAAAGAUGCAACUUCAAGCUAUACAUGGUACCCGCUAAAGCUAUUGGUCGUCACUGCAUAUUGAAAAGUUUUGCUUCAGCUUCAUCGGUAAAUGCAGACACGGCAUCCCGACAAAAUCUUGCUUUACCAGAUGUUUCUGAUGAAAGUUCUUUCAUGAGGUCUGAGCUGUAUGCUCCAAGUAACUCUUCAGAUGGUGUAAAUGUUUUUGAGAGGCAAUUGCAAGAGUUAUUUAAUGAAGUGAAGGCAAUGAUUAUAAAGGGAGACGAAGAUGAUGCUGUGAACCUACUCCAAGCAAAUUAUGAGUUCGUGAAAGAACAGAUCAGUGCAGGUGCUACAGGCAUCGAAGAAGCUGCUACACUUGAUGUCAUAGCAUUGGGAUACAUGGCUUUAGCUGAUUUAAAGACUGUUAACUCUACACUGAAUCUGUUGAAUAAGAUUGUUGAAGGUCUAAAAGAUGAUGUGCCACUUCUGGAUUCAGUGCUUGUGCAUAUGGGAAGCAUGUAUUCAGCUUUGGGGAAGUUUGAGAAAUCUUUGGUUGUAUAUCAGAGAGUAAUUGGUAUUCUGGAAAGCAAAUAUGGGGAAAGUAGCAUCUUUCUUGUGUCGCCAUUGCUGGGAAUGGCUAAAGUUCUUGGUUUCGUUGGAAGAGUGAGAAAUGCAGUAGAGAUUUACCAACGUGUAAUAGUUAUUUCGGAAUCAAUUAAAGGUGCUGAGAGCGAAGACUUGGUGGUUCCAUUAUUUGGACUAGGCAAUCUUUUGAUUAAGGAAGGAAAAGCUUCAGAUGCUGAGAUUCAUUUUAUGAGGAUUUUGAGCAUUUAUAAGAAGUUAUAUGGGGAAAAUGAUGGAAGAACUGGCAUGGCUUUAUGUUCUUUAGCCAAACUGAACUGUUCAACUGGGAAAGUUGAAGAAGCCAUCAACCUGUAUAAAAAGGCCCUUCAGGUAAUUAAGGACUCAAAUUAUGUUGCUCUGGACGACAACAUCAUGGAGCAGAUAAGGAUUGAUUUGGCAGAGUUACUUCAUGUUGUUGGAAGAGGAAAAGAAGGCAGAGAGCUGCUAGAGGAAUGCCUGUUGAUCAAUGAAAAAUAUAAAGGAAAAGAACAUUCCAGCUCAGUUACCCAUCUUUUAAAUCUUGCGACCUCCAAUUCCCAAUCAAAGAACUUUGUCGAGGCCGAGCGCCUGUUGAGGAUAAGCUUAGAUAUCAUGAUGAGAACAGUGAGCCCUGAGGAUCAGUCUAUCACCUUCCCAAUGUUGCAACUUGCAGUAACAAUGUACAAUUUAAAUCGGGACGAAGAAGCAGAACAACUUGCCUUAAAGGUUUUGCGCAUCCGCGAGAAGGCUUUUGGAAAAGAUUCUCUUCCUGUUGGAGAGGCUCUGGACUGUUUGGUGUCCAUUCAGAUCAGAUUACAGAGAGAUGAUACUGAAUUAUUAGAGUUGCUCCGGCGUGUUUUGAAAAUUCAAGAGAAAGAGUUCGGCUACGAGAGUGAAGAGGUUAUGCAAACUUUGAAAAAAACUGUAUUCUACUUGGAUAAACUAGGAAAAAAGGAUGAGAAAUUUUCUAUGCAGAAAAGGUUAUCUGCACUAAGAAUGAGGUAUAAGCAAAUGGUUCAAUAUUAAAGGUGUUAUCUCAGCUCGGAUUGUGGAGUUUAAAGGAGGAAGCUCAUCAACCUUUGAGAAACUGGCCAGGGGAGUCACACUUGCUCACAUACGCCCUGCCAUUUGAAUGCCAAGGUCAUCGAAAUCUGUAUCUAUACUCGUAAAUGUGUUGGAUGGGAGAAAUUCGCCUGUUUGAAGAUUUGGCUUCUCGAUAUGCAAAACAAGAGAGAUUUUGUGAAAUGAGUGUUUGACGAUGCACAAUACAAGAGAGAUCGUGUGCAAUGAGUGUUUGAGAGAGGUCGUUGUAAAAUGACGGUGUAUGAUGCACAGGUUUCUGAAGGUCAUAGUUACUCUAAAAAGAAUUGAUAUAUGUAAAUGAACUCCAUUUUGUUGGCUAAUUUCUUAACUGAACAGUUAGUCUAUCUA